UCUGCUGUCCACUGUAACUGCCCAGUUUCCUGGCGCUUGCGGCCUCCGAUACAGGAAUCCGGCGAAUUGGUGUAUGCGCGGCGUCCGCCUGGUAGAAAAAACUGAUGCUUCUUCAGCUGUAAAAAAAAUCAAGCGAGCCGUGACAAAAACCUCUGAUCUCAUUGUGCUUGGCUUACCAUGGAAAACAACAGAGCAGGAUCUAAAGGACUACUUCAGCGCCUAUGGAGAAGUCAUUAUGGUCCAGGUUAAAAAAAAAGAUGCCAAAACCGGCCAUUAUAAAGGUUUACUGAAUAUGAAACCCAAGUGAAGGUGAUGUCCCUACUGGAAGAUGGUGCCAUUGUAGGCUGCCUAAUUCCAAGCAAAGCCUGGAUGAACCUAUGCGAAGCCAUAAGGUAUUUGUUGGCUGGUGCACUGAGGAUAUGACAGCGGAGGAGCUUCGCCAUUUCUUCACGCAGUACGGGGAGGUUGUGGAUUUGUUCUUCCCGAAGCCAUUUAGAGCCUUUGGGACCUUUGCCGAUGACCAGGUUGCCAAGUCUUUGUGUGGAGAAGGUCAUUGCCCAGUCUUUGUGUGGAGAAGAUCAUUGCCCAGUCUUUGUGUGGAGAAGAUCAUUGCCCAGUCUUUGUGUGGAGAAGAUCAUUGCCCAGUCUUUGUGUGGAGAAGAUCAUUGCCCAGUCUUUGUGUGGAGAAGAUCAUUGCCCAGUCUUUGUGUGGAGAAGAUCAUUGCCCAGUCUUUGUGUGGAGAAGAUCAUUGCCCAGUCUUUGUGUGGAGAAGAUCAUUGCCCAGUCUUUGUGUGGAGAAGAUCAUUGCCCAGUCUUUGUGUGGAGAAGAUCAUUGCCCAGUCUUUGUGUGGAGAAAAUCAUUGCCCAGUCUUUGUGUGGAGAAGAUCAUUGCCCAGUCUUUGUGUGGAGAAGAUCAUUGCCCAGUCUUUGUGUGGAGAAGAUCAUUGCCCAGUCUUUGUGUGGAGAAGAUCAUUGCCCAGUCUUUGUGUGGAGAAGAUCAUUGCCCAGUCUUUGUGUGGAGAAGAUCAUUGCCCAGUCUUUGUGUGGAGAAGAUCAUUGCCCAGUCUUUGUGUGGAGAAAAUCAUUGCCCAGUCUUUGUGUGGAGAAGAUCAUUGCCCAGUCUUUGUGUGGAGAAGAUCAUUGCCCAGUCUUUGUGUGGAGAAGAUCAUUGCCCAGUCUUUGUGUGGAGAAGAUCAUUGCCCAGUCUUUGUGUGGAGAAGAUCUGAUUAAGAGUCAGUGUUGACGUAUCUACAGCUAAACACUAUAGAGAGAGCCCUUUGGAGAGCGGUGGCAGAUUUCCAGGACCCAUCUUUGGGAAUUGUGGAUAUCCUAAUAACAGGCCAAACAAUAGGGGGGUGGUGGUGGCCUAAUAACAUGGGGGGUGGUGGUGGCAUGAACUUUGGGGCAUUCAGCAUUGACCCUACAAUGAUGGCGGCUGCUGCUCCGGCAGCCUUACAGAGCAGCUGGGGGAUGAUGGGUAUGCUUGCUAGUCAGCAGAAUCAACCUGGUCCACGGGGUAUCAAUCAGUGGCAAGGGAAUCAGCCAAGAGACCAGCCACAGAGUUUUGGCUCAGGUAGCAAUUCUUAUGGCUCCAACUCUGCUAUAGGCUGGGGUUCUCCUAAUGCUGGCUGCUGGUUUCAUUGGGGGCUUUGGCUCGAGCAUGGAAUCAGUCCUCUGGUUAGGGUAUGUAGAUAGU